UGGUGUGGGGGCUCUCCCCGUGUUUCACCUCGGGGGCAGCGCAUAGGAGGCCGUGGCAUAAUUGCCCUGGUGAAGCAGUCAGGGCUCUGUCACAUCCCCAGAGUGUGAUGUUCAGGGUCAGAAAUGCCUUAUGUGGAUCGUCAGAAUCGCAUUUGUGGUUUCCUAGAUAUUGAAGAAAAUGAGAAUAGUGGGAAAUUUCUGCGGCGGUACUUCAUUCUGGACACACGAGAAGACAGUCUGGUGUGGUACAUGGAUAACCCACAGAAUCUUCCCUCUGGAUCUCCACCUGUUGGAGUCAUUAAACUUACCUAUAUUUCAAAGGUUAGCGAUGCAACUAAGCUAAGGCCAAAGGCAGAAUUCUGUUUUGUUAUGAAUGCAGGGAUGAGAAAAUACUUUCUACAAGCCAAUGAUCAGCAGGACCUAGUUGAAUGGGUAAAUGUUCUGAACAAAGCUACCAAAAUCACAGUACCAAAGCAGUCUGAUCCUCUCUGUCAAAUGGAUAAUGCAAACCGCCAAGCUGAAAGCCCAGGUGGAAAGAAGCAAGUCUCUUACAGGACAGAAAUUGUUGGCGGUGUUCCUAUCAUUACACCUACCCAGAAAGAAGAAAUCAGUGAGUGCAGUGACGGGGCUGAUAGGAAUUACCUGAAACGGUCACAAAGUCACCUUCCUUAUUUCACUGCUAAGCAUCCCCCAGAUAAUGCUAUCAUCAAAGCUGGCUACUGUGUAAAACAAGGAGCAGUGAUGAAGAACUGGAAGAGAAGAUACUUUCAGUUAGAUGAAAACACAAUAGGAUAUUUCAAGUCUGAACUGGAAAAGGAACCUCUCAGGGUUAUACCACUGAAGGAGGUCCAUAAAGUUCAGGAAUGCAAGCAAAGUGAUAUAAUGAUGAGAGACAAUCUCUUUGAAAUUGUAACAACUUCUCGAACCUUUUAUGUACAGGCGGACAGUCCAGAAGACAUGCACAGUUGGAUAAAAGCAAUUUCUGGGGCCAUUGUAGCACAGCGGGGACCUGGAAGAUCAGCAGCUUCCGAGCAUACCGAGUCUUCUUCCGAACCCAACCAUGCUCUCCGUUCUGCCGUCCCAGCCCCAGCCACCUCACAUUCCACAGCCACUCACGGCAGCCCUCUGGUCCCAAACCCUCACGCCAAAUACCCUGCCUUGGAGAAGCGAGGAUUUCACGAAUCUUUUACCAAGGCCAAGCCAGGGAGCUACAAGAUCCAGGUUGUCGCUCCAAGAGAAUCAGCUCCCAAAGUGACUGAACGGGGCCUCUUGGAACCCCAAAGUAAAAAUGGCACUCAGGAACAGGAUCCUGGCCUUGUGGAUCUGGAUGAUGCAAGCCUUCCAGUUAGUGAUGUGUAGUGAUGGAAGUGUUUGGAGAAUGAUCCAUUUGUUCGGUCCUCUGAUUUCCUUGCUCGGACUUUUAACCAAAGAAAAUUAUAGGAAAUGAGAACAAAAAACCGGAACACUGAUUUUUAUAUAUGUAUGUGUGUGUUUCUGUGCACACGUGUAUAUAUAAUGUGUAUAUUGCCUUUCAGCUGAGGGUCAUAAAUGGACCUUAUGCGUUUUCUCAAAGCCUGACAGUAAAUCACUUACUAGGAUGGGGCCAAACUGCACAAUUUAGGAGAAAAAAAAAAAGACAAAAACAAAAAAGUACUUCUGCAAGUAAGCAAGGUACCAGCAAUUUGUCAUUCCUAAUCUGGCAAAUUUACUAAAUUUACAACUAAUGUUAUAUUGUGGAGAACUUACUGCCAACAAAUGUGAUUAUUUAAUUUCAUUUUGAACUACAGUAAGAUUUUAGGCAUAGAUGAGAAUUGUUUCUCUCCACGACUUUCAGAUACCAGGAAAUGCAGAAAAUGUUUUUUCUGUUCUUUAGGAUCAACAGUGUCAACUGAUUUGUUAUCAGAACAAGAAUUCUGAACUCCCUUGGAAUUCUAAUUAUGGUGCUGUAAAAUUUCCACUAAAAUAAUAUUUUGAAUAGUCAGCCUAUUUUUGAUGCACUCCUAAAGGUGGGUUAUAACUUUUUGCACAUUUGGAUUUUAAUGGACUGCAUGUAAUGGUGUUUUGGAGGGGGGAGAAGAGAAAUUGGACUUUCAAAUUUGGACACUUUAGAUCUUUUGAACCAAGUAAGGGUUUAUAUUGUGUUACAUUAGGCUUUGCAGCAAUCUUUUUUUUUAAAUGUCUAAACGUAUCGUUUGAUUACUGUUUUGAGAAUGGUUUUCUUAUCAGUGCUUUGUGAACAGUUCUUGUUUCUAUAUUGAUCAGUGGAAGACCUCCUCGUUUAGUCUUGUCAUUAUUGGUACUGAACUGUUCAUAGUCAUGCAAUUGUGGCCUAUAACUUUUGGUGCACUAAUAAUCUUAAGUGCCUGUGUUUUUUCUCACAUUGUUGAAACACUUUUGAAUUAGUUAUGUACACAAACCAUUCUUAAUGGUUUUGAACGUUGGCUUGGAGUUGUUCUGAAUAGCGUAGUUCGAAACAGCUAUUUAAAAUAGAAGACUUAUGCUAGGGAUACCAGUGUUCUGGUAUUGCACCUACUAGCUGUGCAAUAUGUUUUUAAAAAAUGAAUAGUUGUUUGUGUACACUGUGUUAUGGGGCUUCAGUGAUGUGAAAACCUUUACAUUUCAAGUAUUGGAUUAGAUUGUGUACUUUUCAUCAUUUUUUAAAAAUGUUUGCUUUAAUCAAAACCCCACAAAUAUCUCAUGCUGCUGCUUAUUGUGAUUCAGAUUGUCCAGCUUUGCGAUACUUUUUGUCUACUGGAACCUAAGAUAGAUACCGUACAAGUCCAUCUUCUCUCCAACUUCCAAACUGACUUCCUGCUUGAGAGAUAUGGAUGGCUCUACCACAAUAAUUUGUUGAUCCAAGGAUAGAAUAAUUGGUGUCACAUAAGAAUGAGAUACCAUCUAAUUUCAAAACUUUAAAUUAUAUCAGCACCUUUUUUUUUUUUUAAUCCAUAAGCUAAAUAACCACUGUCUUAAGGCAGUGGUGUUUGUAAAUUACUGGUUUUGUUUGACUCUAGAUAUAUGUGAAAACUACCACAGAAUUGGAAGUUACUGUAAAUGUCUGUACUAGUAUUGUAGGUUUUAACUUCUAUAAAGAUAAAACAAUAGCUCUUUAAAAGCUUAUUUUUUCAUAAAUACAUUCUGUGUGGAAGACACUUUGCAUUGAAAUAUUUUUACUGUAGUCUAACAUCUGAAAUCACUUGCUCUGGUACAGCUUUCACACUGCAUGUUCAUUUUAUUAUAUUUUGGUAUUGGCAAUUUUACACAUUGGGUGGAGGUAAAGCAGCUCCUUUAUGGGACUUACAAAAAGAGGAAAAAAAAAAAGAAAAAAGAAAAGAACUACUGUUGUAGUUCAGUAGCACAGGGAAAUAUUUGUGGUUGGUAAUUGUCAGGGUCUCCUAUUUAUCAGUACUUUUAUAAAUCUAUGAAAAUUGUUAAAUUAUUUUAGAAACAGUGCUGUAAAUAUGACACAUUUAAAUUGUCAAUAAAUCAGUUUGGGUAACUUAAAA